GGGACCGCAACGUUUGCAGAUUUUACAUGUCAGAUCGAAGUAGAAGGGGGAAGAUGGGCACUGAUUUAGUCGGAUAAAGAAUGGUAACAGGACAUGGCGGCGUGGGCAAAUUGUUAUAAAUCUGGAUUUUUUCUAAUUGAAAUCUCAGACAAGGACGCUCGGAGAUUGAAGGCGUGACUUGCAUCAAAUUCAUCACAUAAGUUACAUUAAUUGCAGGGAGAGAGAGGAGGAAUACCCGAUGGGAACAACAACGAUCUGAUGAAAUUAUCCACCGCUUGGAUGUGAAUAUCUACAAGAAAGGAUGUGGAUAAAUCCGACGUGAUGAGAAAUAAAGCGAAUGAACAGAACUGCACUGUCGAUGCGAUCUGUCGGUGUUAUUUGUCUGGGUUGAGGAUUGAUCAGUUCCUCCAUCACCCUCCCCAUCUCGGUGUCUGUGGAUAAUGGAGAGUACAAAUGGCUCGAACGGUGAAAUCAAGCAACAUAUCCAUCAGCUGGAAAAGAAACGCCUAAACAGGGCACCUUCGCCUGCAAGACCUAUUUUGAAGGAUAUUCAUUCCCGCGCCUCUGCCAAACCACCAGGAAUAGCACCUAAAUCUCCUAAACUGUCGAGCAAACAGCAACAGCCGCCCGUAGGACUCCUGGCUACCCAGAGCCGCAUUUCCCGGCGCCCAGUCUCUGGACCGAAAGAGAAGCCAACUACGACAAAAAGUCAUGUCAAGUCUGUGGCAACCAAAAAGGCAGCAAAGGUCACCCAAAAUGCAACAUCCGCCAGCAAACAAGGCGACCCAAGUCAAACCGCAACCAAAGGGAAAAAGGGGAAAAUUACCCUUGUAGCCGAGUCAACUCGUAGUUCGCAUGGCCGUGGGUCUCCUGUCUGUGUGCCAACAGAAACCUGUCUCGGCAGGGUCAAUCACACAGACAGCAGCUCGGAUUUGUCUGACUGUCCCUCGGAGCCAUUGUCCGAUGAACAGAGGCUCGUACAAGCUGCAAACAGCGAUGCCGAAUCUGGCACUGGCUCCGGAGGCAGCGACCGGGACCCACCGGCAGUGGAGAAUCCGCUGCAGGGCGCAUCAUCGCCCGAGCCCUCUGGAGGGUCUCAAACCCAUCCUCGCAUCGUCGAACCAUGCACUAUGUCGACAGCAAAAGAAAGAUUGUCGCCCGGUUUGCUCACACAAGGACAUUGCAGCACAGAAGAACCACUGGGGAAAUUUAAAUCGGAUCAUAAACUGGGGAAGUCACUACCGGCACAGUAUGUACUCAAAGGAAAAAAGGAGUCGAUGGAAGAAGAUUUGUUGAGGGAAAUUGAAGACCUUCGUUCAGAAAAUGAUUACCUCAAGGAUGAGGUGGACGAGUUGCGGGCGGAGAUGGAGGAGGUGCGAGACAGCUACCUGGAGGAGGAGGUGUACCAGGUGCAGGAGCUGCGGAGGGAGCUGGACCGGGCCAACAAGAACUCACGGAUCCUGCAGUACCGGCUGCGCAAGGCCGAGCAGAAGAGCCUGAAGGUGGCGCAGACGGGGCAGGUGGAUGGGGAGCUGGUGCGGAACCUGGAGCAGGACCUGAAGGUCGCUAAAGACGUUUCUGUGCGUCUCCACAAUGAGCUGGAGAGCAUAGAGGACAAGCGGACCCGAGCGGAGGACGAGAACGAGCUUCUCCGCCAGAGGAUCAUCGAGGUGGAGAUCUCCAAGCAGGCCCUGCACAAUGAGCUGGAGAGGGGGAAGGAGAGCUCCCAGAAGAGACGAGGAAGCCGGGAACUGCACAAAGAAAAGAAAUCCGCUGCCCAGGAAGACAGUGCUGAUCUCAGGUGCCAGCUGCAGUUUGCUAAGGAAGAGUCAGCCCUUAUGCGUAAGAAGAUGGCCAAGCUGGGCCGUGAGAAGGACGAGGUUGAGCAGGAGCUGCAGAAGUACAAGUCCAUGUACGGAGACGUGGACAACGCUGCGCCCACCAGUGAGUGCGGGGGCCCACCCAGCACCCGGGAGGCUGAGCUGAAACUACGGCUGAAGCUGGUGGAGGAGGAGGCCAACAUCCUGGGGAGGAAGAUCGUGGAGCUGGAGGUGGAGAACCGGGGCCUGAGGGCGGAGAACGAGGACCUCCGCUUCCAGUAUGAGAAGGACUGCCUGGGGAGAGAGCCCCCCUCCAGCGGGCCCACCUCCCCGUACGGCGACGCCCUGGAGUCAGCCGCUGAGCUGCGCCGCCACCUGCAGUUCGUGGAGGAGGAGGCGGAGCUCCUGCGGAGGUCCAUCUCGGAGAUCGAGGACCACAACAAGCAGCUGACCUCCGAGCUCAGCCGCUUCAAGUUCGGGCCGGGCCAGGAGGGCGGGUGGGCGGGGGACGACGGGGACGCCAGGAACGGGAACGGCAGCGGUUGCUGCGGUGGCCCCGGUGGGGCGCUGCAGGAGGAGCUGAAGGCCGCCCGCCUCCAGAUCAAUGAGCUGAGCGGGAAGGUGAUGAAGCUCCAGUACGAGAACCGCGUGCUCAUCUCCAACGUGCAGCGCUACGACCUGGCCUCCCACCUGGGCCUCCGGCCGGCUGGCUCCAGGGACAGCGACACCGAGAGCGAUGGCGGGAAGAGGGAGGGCGAGAGCGAGGAGGCGGGCCGCCCGCCACCCCUGCAGCCCAGGAGGGAGGGCCCGGUCGGGGGGGAAAGCGAUUCGGAGGACCACUUCGAGACCACGUCCGGGUUCGGCAGCGGAAAGCCCGCGGACGUGGGCAGGCUCUCCGUGGCCGAGCUGGCCCGGCAGAAGAAAGAGGACUCGGAGUCGUUCGCCAACAUGAAGCGGGAAGCGGAACGUCUCGGGAAAACGGUGGACCGCCUCAUCACGGACACGGACAGUUUGAUCUACGAUGGGAAGGUGGUGCUGACUGGCGGGGCGGCUCUGGAAGAGGGAGCCAAAGGGGACGGAGAUUUGUUGGAGGGCAAGGUCGAGCCCCAGGUGCUGGAUGCAAUCAAUACCCGCAUGAAGGCCUUCAGGACAGAGCUGCGAGACUUCAUGGAGAAGGUGGACCACCUCAGGGAGGGUCUUGGAGAGAAUGUGGAUGACUUCUCUCCCAUGCCCAACCUCACAGAGUCCACCAGCUUCCUGUCCGGGGUCACUUCAAUGUCGCGCGACUCACCCAUCGGAACCCUGGGAAGGGACCUCAUCACUGACUUCCAGUCUGGUCUGAGGGAUGAACCGGAGUGGCGCCUAGGACAGGAGCGUGCCGCGGAGGUCGAGCCCCUGCACGGUCGUCAGGGCCCUGACCAGAGCAGGAGAGCCGACGGACACAGUAUAUACAGCAGGCCAGAGGGUUUAAGUGUGGAGCUCCGGGAUGUCCCUUUUUCCGAGGUCAGUAAUCUGGGAAGAGAGGUCCUGGUCCCGCUGGAGCAGAAGAGGCAGCAUCCGGAAGAGCAUAAGGGUUACUGCGGUCGCAUAGUGCAGGAGCUCCAGGAGAGGACUGUGCUGCAGCAGGACCUGCGUCUUUUCAAGCACAGCACCUUCCUCCUGUAUGUCAAGCUCAGGUGGCUCCUGAGACGCUGGAGGCAGGGCCGCAGGGCAGAUGAAGGCGAGGAGGACAGCUUCCCUGAGGAUGAAAGGCUGGACAGUAUGUCUGAGCUGGGUGGUCUGAUGGAGCAGGUGGAGGGAGAGGGCGAGGACAGACUCUGCUUCCUGUAUGGCACGGGAGACUGCCCUGACCAGGGGCCCCUUCUUCAGAGCCCGGAGGCGGUCCAGCAUCAAAGACCGGGGAUCGAGAGCCGGCGGGUGCUGCAGGCGCUGCGGAUCCUUCUGGAAGAGUUCCGCCUGGAGCUCCGGGACGAGGAGCAGCGGCGCAGCCAGCUGCAGCAGGCCUACGCCAACGAGAAGGCCUCCUGGGAGGUGAAGUGGGCGGAGAUGAAGUGCCACUCACAGCAGCUGGAGCCAGGCAGGGACCCGAAACUGGACGACCUGGGAGAGGCAUUCAGUGAGGAGCGGGAGGAGCACAGGCGACUCCUGGCCGAAAACCACAGCGCCACCCUGGACCUGCGUUGGAAACUGCAGCACAGCGAGAAGAGGUGGAGCCGGGAAAAGAUGGAGCUGCUGGAGCGGUUUGACCGAGAGAGACAGGACUGGGACUGGCAGAUGAGAGAGCUCCAUCGCAAGAUGGAGAAGCUGCAGAGGGAGGGCAACGGUCGCUGUUCUGUGGAGCUGACUGAGGAAUACCACAGGGCACUCUCCCCCCAGAGAAGCCCCCAUUCCCCCGAGCCCCCCAGGUCUCCUCGCGCUGUCUCCUCCACCCCGAUCCGUUCCCACUCCGAUUCCGAAGCCCCCACAGACAGGCAGCCCGAGGUGGUGAGGCUAAAGGGUAGCGAGACCUUUCGACCAACGGAGAGCCUGUUCCUGGAUGCCCUCUCCCUGGACGCCUUGAGUGACAGCGACGUGCCCCCUCCAUCCCGUCUGGAGAGCGAGAAGAGAUUCCCAUGCUUAAAUGAGGCUCUGAAUGAAAUAUCAGACCAAAAAGGCCCAUCAGCAUAUCAUAAUGAAGAGAUUCGCAGCGGGAGUCUCCUCAGGGCAAAAUCGGUGUGCUCCAUGAGUGAGUUCCAGCUUUUGAUGGACAGCUCUCCGUACCUCCCUGAGAAAAGCGCACACGGGUCCGGAGGGAGGGAGGACGUGACACCGCCCCUGUCACCAGACGACCUGAAGUACAUCGAGGAGUUCAACAACAAGCGCUGGGACUUCCCCAGCACGCCGUGUCCAAGCGGGACCCCAGAACCUCCUCUGGAGGCCUGGGCAGAGGGCAGGAGAGUGGAGCCGACUUCAGAAGCAUUCCAGCCAGCGUCAUGGUACCUUACCACAAGCGCCACCAUCACCACCAACACAUUCAGCAGUCCGGAGCACUGCCAGAAACCCCCCAGGAACGGCGUUGGGGUGGACCGCUGUGGGGUGAGAGUUUUCCACAGUCCCCCGCUUAGCUGCAAGAUGGAGGGCGAGGAGAGGCCCGCGGUGGGCCCUGAACUGGCUUUCACAGUGACCAAAGGGGAAGGCGGCAAUACCAAAGGAGAGGUGGAUGAGGUGUUCAGGGGGUGGCCUUGCGAACUCCCAAAACACCACAAGGAGCUGCUAGAGAGCGGGCUUCACCCCGCCGAGCACCCCGUAUGCCCCGCACUGGGGUUCCCCUCGUCUCUCCACGAGCUCCAGCUGCCGAGGAACCUGAGUGACGACAUGAAAGAGGUGGCCUUCUCCGUGAGGAACGCCAUCCGCUCGAGCCCGGCAGAGCGCCAUUUUAAGGACACCGCCUGCCAGACCAAUGGCUUCACCACCAGGGGAACCCAGACCACUCAGACCAUCAGCGUGGGCCUUCAGACCGAAGCCCUCCGAAACCUCACCAGCAGUCCUCACAAGUGCUUAACUCCCAAGGGGGGCUCCACGCCCAUUUCUUCUCCAUCCCGCAACUUCAGGAAGCUGCCCUUCUCCCCUGUCGUGCAGAGCAAAUUUGAGCGCCAGUGCUGCUCUCCGAAGUACGGCUCCCCCAAGGUCCUGCGGAAAGCCCCCUCCAAGGCAGACCUAGCAACCAGCAAGACGGCCCUCCCCACGACACCCCAGAAGGGCCACAGCGAGUCUGCUUGGGCCCGGUCCACCACCACACGGGACAGCCCGGUCCACACCACCAUCAACGACGGGCUCUCCAGCCUCUUCAAUAUCAUCGACCACACGCCAUUGGCCUUCGAUGCCUUGCCGAAGUUCAGCAAGUCCCCCAGCCGGUCGCAUCCUGCAGAGCCAAGGCCGUCUGGUCAGGACUUUCCAAAGACUGUUGGGGGCAGGUCCCCUAGUCCUGUUCAGUUGAUUGUAGAGACUCAGGGGGAGAAAACCCCGGAGGUUGUGACCAUUAGACAGGACCUGUCAGCUCCUCCAGGCUAUAACCUUGCGGAAAGUGCUGCCAGGAUACUGAAUAAGAGACUGUUAGAGCAGACCUUCAGGGAUGAAAAAAGGUUGGCCAGUUUGAGCAAGGACGGAAGACCAUGUGACGGCGAGAAAUCACAGCAGGGAUCCAUUGAGGAACUGCCACGCUCUCCUGUUGUUCCACCCCUGGAGUCCUGCUUUCUGAGACCUGCCCGACCAGCCAAUCAGCGGCCACCGUCCCGUUGGGCCGCCCGCUCCCCUUCCUCCUCACCAAGCUGGUUUAAAUCAGAGAGGAGGUUCUGUUUCCCGCCCAUGGAAUUCUGUCUGUCUCUACCGCAGACUGAAGCGAAUGGCCAAGACAACACUCUGGUGUGAGCGUCCCUCACCAUCAUUGUCCAGCCUCACCUUUGUAGCCUCACCUUCUCACAUGCCUCAGAAUCUCUGGUGCAGAAGUGGAUGAAGAACCGGGCAUAUGAGCUUGACAUUAUGGUCCUGGGUGAACAUUUGAAAUAGCAAGUACUCUAACUGGCCAAUUUGAAAUAUGCUGUGCCACCAGUAAAAAAAUAAAAAAUCGAAGAAAUGUGCCUGUUGAAACCUGAGUUCUUGACUGUAAAAAGAUGUUUGUGUAUAUGUGUGUGUAUGUGUUUUGUCUUCACAUGCAUAUGUAUAUAUACAGUCUACGUAUAUAUAUUUAUUUUUAUGGGUUCAUCAGAGGUUUUUUUCUUGUCUAAAAAGUAACUGUAGAACAUCACUUAAUUUGUUGUCUCAGGUGUCUUCUGGACUGCAUUAAUAGUUUUGUCCUUUUAUAUUUUAUUUGCACUUUACUUUCCUCAGAAAAUCUUUCUGUCUUACCUUAAAACUUUCACCGUUUAUGUUCCUACCUUAUGAAGCUUAAGCUGAUAAACAAAAUGAUUUAAUGAAAGGAAAUUUUAAUACAAAUAAAAAAACUGCUUCUUCUUGAUUGGAGCAGAUAUACAUGAUGUCAUAAAUUUGCUGAUGUAUUCACUUUAAUGAAUGUUCAGUUCUCUGACAAAUGUGUGAAAAAAAAUUAUGAAGUGAAUCUGAUGCAUAUCGGCAAACAGUCUUAUACAUCUCUGUGAUAUACUGAUCUGCAUGCCUUUUAGACCUUAGCACUUUAGUGCAUGUAUAUACAACCUGCGAUAAUUUAUCAUGGCUCAUUAUGUGAGCCGUUGAAUACACUGUAAAAAAUAAAAUGUUGUGAGUGUAAUCACGUACUGUAAUUUUGUCGUAAAUCCUAUUUGACUCAUUGAGAUUUUAAUGUAAAUAAUUGUAUCUUUAAAAAUUCUGUUUACAAUUGUUAUGGCUGAAGCAGAAAACAAAGGGAUGGAUGACAAAUGAGAUUCAAAUAGAACAAUCUAAGGUUAAGACUGGUUAUUAUGGUUAUAUGGAAAUAAACUGAACAUGUAUUUAUAA